UUUACACGGAGAUCAUCAUAGUCUUCACUUGGCCAUGGAAGGGUCUUCUUCAAGAGGGAAUCAGAGCAAUGAGAACAACGAAGAGACCGGGAACAAUACGGGAUCGCGGUCACGAUCCGAUCCACCCAGGUACCGAGGGAUCCGGCGGCGGCCUUGGGGCAAGUUUGCCGCCGAGAUCCGGGACCCCUCAAGGAACGGCGCCCGCCUUUGGCUCGGGACGUUUGAGACGGCGGAGGAGGCCGCCCGUGCCUACGACCGGGCUGCCUUUGCCUUCCGGGGCCAUAUGGCCAUCCUCAACUUCCCCAACGAGCAACAACACUACGCUCAGAAUUUCCACAAUGUCUCCGGCCACCACAGUUCUUUCUCCACAUCCUUGUUGCCGCCGCCGCCGCCGUUGCCGCCGCCGUCAUCCUCUUCACCAGGUUCAUCGUCAUCUACUAUGUCAGCUCCCGCCGAGCCGUCCAGAGAUGUGAUCGAGUUCGAGUAUCUGGACGAUAUGUUGUUGGAGGAACUAUUGAAGUCGCAAGGCGACAUGUAGGGUAAACGUGGGUAGUUGAGUGCAUGUUUAAGCAUUAGUAUACAUACAGACGAAGAUUUCUAGGAUGCUAAAGUUAUCUCGUUUCAAUAAAUUGUUGCAAUAUAUCUCGGGUUUCCAAUGUUAAAUACCACGAUACAGUUUCCGAAAUGGGUUCGUAGGAAACCAUUUUGGAAGAGCUUCUCCGUAUUUGAGGCCAGGUUGAGGUAAACCCAAGCUGAGCUAGGAUUUUGCUGUUUUAAGGUGCAUUUUUUGUUUAAUUUUGUGUUUGGGGUGCUUUGAAGCUGAAACAAAACUCUUAUAUAUAACAAAA